UUGACGGGGAUUUACAUGAUGGGCUUCAAGCGGCCGUCCAAAAUCCAGGAGACGGCUCUGCCGAUCAUGCUGGCGUAUCCCAGCCUUUGCCUGAUUGCCCAGAGCCAGUCAGGGACAGGGAAAACGGCAGCUUUUGUCUUGGCGAUGCUGAGCCGAGUUAAUGCCGCUGAGAAAUACCCACAGUGCCUCUGCUUGGCUCCCACCUAUGAGCUGGCCCUGCAGAUCGGGCACGUGAUCGAGACUAUCGGGCAGUUUUGCACCGGCAUCAAGGUGACGUACACCAUCCAGGGAAACCGAGCUGUGCCGGGCAUCAGGCGGCAGGAGCAGAUCAUCAUCGGGACACCAGGGUCGAUGCUGGACUCGUGCUUCAGGCUGAGGUUGGUUGAUUUGAAUAAGAUCACCUUGAUCGUGCUGGACGAAGCCGACAUGAUGAUCCACAUGCAGUGCCUCUCCGACGAGAGCAUUCACAUUCAGAGGGCUUUACCCAAGGGCUGCCAGAUGCUGCUCUUCUCGGCCACCUUCAAGGAGAGCGUGCGGACCUUUGCCACGCAGAUCCUCUCCAACCCCAUCGUCAUCAAGCUGUGUGAGGAAGAGCUCACCCUCGGCAACAUCUGCCAGUACUACCUCGUCUGCAGGAACUGGGAGGAGAAGUACCGCGCGCUCUGCAACAUCCAUGGCAGCGUCACCAUCGGCCAAGCCAUGAUCUUCUGCCACACGCGGCGCAGCGCGGACUGGCUGGUGUCGGAGAUGAGCCAGGACGGGCACCAGGGGGCCACCCUCACCGCCGAGCUCACGGUAGCCGAACGCGCCAACAUCAUCCAGCGGUUCCGCGACAGCAAGGAGAAGGUCCUCAUCACCACCAACGUCUGCGCCAGGGGGAUCAACGUGGAGCAGGUCACCAUCGUGGUGAACUUCAACCUCCCCAGCAACCAGGAGGGCGAGCCGGAUUUCGAGACGUACCUCCACCGCAUCGGGUGCGCGGGCUGCUUCGGCAAGAGGGGCGUCGCCUUCACCCUCGUGGAGGAUCACGACGUGGAGCUCAUACGGAAGAUCGAGGAGCAUUUCCAGACCAAGAUCAAGCAGCUCGACCCGGACAACAUGGAUGAGCUGGAGACGUUCUAG